AUGUCACUUGUCGGGGCGCUCGUGAAGAAGUUCCUGGCGCUGGAAAAGUACUUUGUGAAAGACAAGGGGAUCGUGACACCGCAUGCCGGCAAACGCUCGCUCCAUGUUGAACAAGGCGUCUUGAAUCCCGAGCUGCUUGCAGGGUUGCCGCUCAAGCUCGUGGACAGUUGUGUCAAUUUCGAUGCUUCUGUGAGUUUCAAAGAGGAUCAGCCGAACAGAGUCCAAAGCCACGAUGGCAUCUCGCUAGUGAUCGAAGUUUUGUCAUCCCCCUACAACGAGGAGGGGAGGGAGGAAGCUCUGCUGCGCCUGCGGCGUCGGAAGGAGGAGCAAGUUGCAGCCAGAGUGGCUGCAGAGGUGGCCCCUGCUUCAGCGCCUGCAUGGCGACGACUUGGUCGGGCCAUGCGAAGCAAGCUCGUUCCGGAGAUGCAGAGCCGCUGGGAGGUGGAUGUGAAGGACGUGCAGCUAGAGUUACGCACAGACCACACUGGUCAUGGAAUCUCACUGCGCAUCGCAAAGCUGGCUGUCAAUCGGGACCGCCUGGGCGGAUCAACAGAAGUCAAUCUCGAAGGAAUUACGGCUGAACUUGUUUCGGUCACUGGAGGCACCUGGGGGUUCGGUGCCGCACCUCUGCUCCAACACCUCGGACUGUCGGCAACACUGGACUCAGGUGCAGGACGAGAGGAAGCAGUUCGCGAAGACCACGAGGACAGUGCCCGGCUCAACAUUGUUCUCAGCGAGGCUUCCGGGGUGCAGCCUUCGCUAGCAGCGAGUCCUGGCGCAGUACAGGUGAUAAAGGACCUGGUGGAUGCCUACCUUCAAGGGGCCGCCGCCGGUACAUCGGCCCUCCGUGCGUCAGCUCUGGAAAGGCUCCCUACAGUCCCGAGGGUGACGCCAGAGGCUUACCAGGAGCUGUUGAAGCUGGAGAGGCUCCCGACCCGAGAGGAGCAGGCCCAGCGCCACUUCAUCGAGGCUGUUGCAUCGGUGGCUUGGUUGGCGGACUGUCAGGUUCGUGCUAAAGCCUUGGCCUCCUCCGAGGAAGAGGUAAUAAGUUUGGAUGCCUUCCUGGAGGAAGAACCAGAUGAUGCAAGCAAGCCGCAGUGUUUCUCGCUGAGCCUCAAGGUCCCGUCUGUGGCCGCUUCGUGCACCUCGGUAAAGCGGCCUGACCAGCCUGGUUUGAGCUUGAUUCUCAAAGGCGCCUCUUUGGACCUGCGGGGAACGCUGCCAGCUACCUCCGUGGAGGCGGACGGCCUACCCCAGGACAUCGUCGUCGAUGCGCAGCUCGAGCAUCUGGCCUUGCGUGUGACGACGGUGCACAGUGCCGAGGACUUGGUUGUGCUGUCCGGCGAUGUGGACAGACUGUUGAAGAGCGCUGCGACUCUGGUGAUUGUGUCUGGGACUUUGCUCUCAGCUGUCAUGGCCCACAGCCUUAGCAUGUCGGCCCAUGGCCAUGGCCCAGAGCACAGAGUCCAACAGCGCUCAGCGACGCCCCGUGGCCUUUUCUACAGCCCAGCCAAGAUGUCGGAAUUAACCAAGCGGGGCAUGACAACCGCUGCAUUGACGGUGUCUCGGAUUGGCAGCCAAACUUUGGCACACUUCGAUCAGCAACCAGCGACAGCUGUCCAGAAGCCUACCGGAGACAUGUUCCGAACCAAGGUCAUGACCUACAAUAUUCUCGCAGACGAGCUUUCCUCGAAUUUGGUUCCCCGCACAAUGGAGGAGAUGCCGUCACGCACGGUCGAACGCCGCAACCACGCACUUACCAUUCAUCAGGAGCCCUCCGCGGAGACCCUGAUGCAAGUUUUUGGUGAGGACACUCAGAGCAGGGCAUUGUUUUCGUUGGCAUGGCACCAGUUGUUUGAACCUGGAUUGCCAUAUACUGCGACUUCUGUGGAGGAAAGCUUCAGCUGUCACAGUCUUGCUGAAAGCUCUCGGGAGGACUGGAAGAUCAACGCACAAAGUGUGGUCGAGCUUUGGCAGGCUUUGAAUGACGAGUACAGGAAGUGGCACCCCAUGAAGACCUGGAUCGUGGAUCCGGAGGCUGUGUCGGACGACUCGUUUAGUGAUGCAUCUCCUGCACAUCGCUCCGCUUCAUGGCAGGGGCUGAGAAUCAAUGGUCCAGGGAAGGAUGAGGAGAGGCCUCGACUCGAAAGGUUCGACGGGAGCCAGCCGUCUACAUAUAGGCGCUGGCGUCGCAAAGCCGAGUUGAUGCUCUUAGCGCUUCCGAACACGUGCUCCAAGGAUCGGUGGGGCGCCAAGCUCCUGGAAUAUGUGGCCGGUGAGGCAGAGGAGGUGGUCGAAGGAUUGCCUCUUGAGAAGGUCAUUAAUGAUGGUGGUCACCUUUUGAUCCUGGAGGCGCCUGAUGCUCGUUACAAGGAUCUGCAGAAAGAAGCGUUGCACAAUCAUCUUCUGGAAUAUUUCUACGGGUUGCAGAUCAAAGCUGGUGAAUCAUACAGGAACAUGAUUGUUCGCCUUGAAACGGCGUACCGCCGUCUGCAGGAGCACAGCGUGGAGUUGCCAACGGAAGUUCGAGGUUGGUUCAUGAUGAGAAAACUCCAGCUGGACACGGCAUCGGAAGCCUUGCUGAUGACACAUACCAAAGGGUCGCUGAAGUACGAAGAUCUUGUUCGUGCAGUUCAAGCGAUCUUUCCACAAGGUGUUGCCAAGAAUGUGAAUCACAAGACGAAGGAGGUCUUCGAGGCCGACAGCACCUCAACCGAGCUUGAGGACACAGAGCAGUUGGAAGAAGUCUUCCAAGCCGUUGCUGACCAGGUUCAGGCAUCGGAGGAGUACGAUGAUGAGGAUGCUCUGGACGUCUUUGAGACUUACAAGGAGGUGAGAAAGCGCGUCCAGCAGAAGCGUUUGGGACGUGGCUACAAGGCCGAUGCGGGCAACCAGUGGAAGCUUUCAGGUACUGUGAAGGGCAAGAUUGAGAUGCUGAAGAGCCGAACCAAGUGUCAUCAUUGUCAAGAACGAGGACACUGGAAGAGAGAAUGCCCACGGCGUGGACAAACCGGCAACGCGGUGCGGCAGCCUCGACCAGGAAGUUCGAGCGAUGCGAUGGUGGCCGACGACUUGGAGAACGGGUACAAGGGAAUCGAUGAGGAUCACUUUCUUGAUGUGGAUGAGCUGGAGAAGUUCGAGAUUUUUCUGGCAGAGAAAAACGGCGACGUGGAAGUGAUCGUGGCGGAUCGCCAGGAGGUGUAUGGCGAUGAAGGAGUGAUUCGUGGGGACUUUGAGCGUAGCUUGAGUGAGUUUUUGAGCGGUUCAGCUUCGAACCAGGAUGUGCAUCUCAGCGAGGCAUACAUGAGUGAGUGUGCGAGUCUUGCUGAGCACGGGGUUCCAGAUACUGCGUGUAGACGUACCCUAGUCGGGGAGAGGGUCGUGAAGCGCAUGUCGGAGGCACUAGCGAAGUCAGGGCUGCGGAUUCGUUAUGUUCGAGAGAGGCAUGAUUUCCGCUUUGGCAAUGCGGGCACUUUGAGCUCAUCGGUGUCAGCUCUGAUUCCGGUGUGUCUCGGGGGCAAACGGCUGGCGAUAAGAGCGGCUGUUCUGCCAGGUUCCGGGUCAGAUACGCCACUUCUGAUGUCGAAGGAGUUGUUGCGUAGUUUGCAAGUCAAAUUAGAUAUGGGGUCAGAUAUUUUGGAAAUAGGCAAGUAUGGGGUCAAAGUGAAGGUGCGUGAGACUGAGAGAGGGCACUAUGCACUGCCUUUAUUUCACGGAUUGCAGAAGCCGACGGUGAAGUCGAAUGUGCAAGCACAGACGCAUGAGGUGAAUGCUGCAGAGUUUUCAGUCCUGAAGGAGCAAGCUAGACCUGAAGGCAAAGACCUCAAGCCUGAGUGCCAUGAGUUACACAGGCGGCUCGAUGACGGACGUGCCCAUGGAGAACUUCACAAGGACUCCCCUGAUCGAGCAGCCACGGGGGAGAUGAGCGACAUCAGUGCGAAGAUUCUGGACGAGGCACCAGAUCACAGCGAAGACGAUUGCGACGCACACGUGCCAGGCGUCGAGGGCAAUCUGGGAAGGAUGAUAUUCAACAUCGGCAAGUACCAGAAAAAUGGCCAGCUGAUGAACUUCAAGACGGCCUACGAGACGGACAAGAGAUAUGUGUCGUGGGUCAGAAAGUUUGUGAAAGGGCGCGUGGGCAACUCGGACAAGGGCAGCCAUCCGACAAUGACUCAGUUCAGGUUGUACAUUGCUCUGCGCGAUCAGCGCAAAUCCCAACGUCUCCAGGCAAGCCAGGAACCGAUUCCGAGUGCAGCGAGAUCCUCUAUGCAAGCGCCAGCGGUGAUGCAGAGCCGCCCCAAGGCCAAGUCGAAGGCGGCAGCCAAGCCGUCGGUGAGGCCACCGCGAUCGUCCGACACAGGAGCAACUGGGGCCUCCACCAUCAAUGCCACGGAGGUCGAGGAGACUGUGUGGGAGAACCAAUGGCUGGUGAUGCAAGAGGAACCCGAGGAGACGGCAACGGAGAGGCGCCGCCGGAUCAUCCGCCAGCGGAUCGAGGAGCUGACCUUCCAGCUCGAGACGUUGGAGGACGAGGCGGAGCUCUGA